AUGGACCAUAAAAAUUGCAACGAAGAAAAUUUACCGUAUUAUGAUCAGUAUAAUUAUGUGCCAAAUUUAAAAUUAUCGGCCGAAUAUUACAAAAUUAAUUUAAAAGCCAAAAGAGUAAAUUGCACAGAAAGUGAUUUAAUUAAACAACGAAAAUCCUUCAAUAUUUAUUUAUAUAGUCUUUUAGGAAUUGAAAGUAUCUUUAUUGAACAUAUUGAAAAUAAAUAUGCAGUGUGUGCUGAAAACAUGUUAACUGAAAAUAAAAAUAGGCGAAUGAAUUUACUUCCCAUGUUCAACAAACAAAACGAAAUUUUAUUCAUAAUACGUCAUAAUUAA